AUGGACCACCAAGGACCACCAAGGACCCCCAAGGACCCCCCAAGGACCCACACGGACUAUCAAGGACCCACACGGACCACCAAGGACCACCAAGGACCCCCAAGGACCCACACGGACCACCAAGGACCACCAAGGACCCCCAAGGACCCACACGGACUACCCAGGACCCACACGGACCACCAAGGACCACCAAGGACCCACACGGACCACCAAGGACCCACACGGACCACCAAGGACCCUCAAGGACCCCCAUGGACCCCCAAGGACCCUCCCAAGGACCACCAAGGACCCCCAAGAACCCCCAAGGACCACCAAGGACACCCAAGGACCACCAAGGACCACCAAGGACCCCCAAGGACCCACACGUACCACCAAGGACCUCCAAGGACCACCAAGGACCACCAAGGACCACCAAGGACCCCCAAGGACUACCAAGGACCACCAAGAACCACGACACCACCAACAAGAUAA